AUGAAGUGGCUGGUCCUUGCCCUCGUGUGCCUUCACCUCUGUGAAGGCAUUGUUGUCAAAAUUCCAUUGAAAAAAUUUAAGUCCAUGCGCGAAGUCAUGAAGGAGAAGGGUGUUCUUCAAGAUUUUCUUAAAAAAUAUCAUUAUGACCCAGCCAGCAAAUACCUCAACAACUUUGCCACUGGCUAUGAGCCUCUGGCUAACUACAUGGAUAUGUCUUAUUAUGGCCAGAUCAGCAUUGGAACACCACCCCAGAGUUUCUUGGUUCUCUUUGACACUGGGUCAUCCAACCUUUGGGUGCCAUCUGUCUAUUGCCAGAGUCAAGCUUGCACAAACCACCCACUAUUUAACCCCAGUCAAUCUUCCACUUAUUCCACCAAUGACCAGUCCUUCUCUCUGCAAUACGGAACUGGUAGUCUCACUGGGAUCUUUGGCUAUGACACAGUAACAAUCCAGGGCAUUUCCAUUACUAAUCAGGAAUUUGGCCUGAGCGAGACUGAGCCUGGCACUAAUUUUGUCUAUGCCCAAUUUGAUGGUAUCCUGGGUCUUGCUUACCCUGCCAUUUCUGCUGGUGGUGCUACCACGGUUGUUCAAGGGCUGAUUCAGGAAAAUCUUCUGGAUGCCCCUGUUUUCAGUUUCUAUCUGAGUGGGCAAGAGAGCUCCCAGAAUGGUGGUGAACUUGUCUUGGGAGGAGUUGACUCCAGCCUCUACUCUGGUCAAAUUGCCUGGACUCCAGUCACUCAAGAAGCUUACUGGCAAAUUGGAAUUCAAAGCUUCUAUAUUGGUAAUCAGAUCACUGACUGGUGCAGCCAGGGAUGCCAGGCAAUUGUGGAUACUGGAACAUCCCUCCUCACUGCUCCACAGCAGGUCUUUGGAACACUGAUGGAAUACAUUGGAGCUCAGCAAGAUGGCAAUGGACAGUACGUGGUCAGCUGCAGCAACAUUCAGAGCAUGCCCACCAUCACUUUUGUCAUCAGUGGUAACAAUUUCCCUUUGAGUCCUUCUGCCUACAUCCUUGAGAACAACAAUGGCUAUUGCAGCGUUGGCAUCAUGCCCACUUAUCUGCCAUCCCAGAAUGGACAACCUUUGUGGAUCCUUGGUGAUGUCUUCCUCAGGUCCUACUACUCUGUUUACGAUGUGGGCAACAACCAGGUGGGCUUCGCAGCAGCAGCAUAA